AUGUCCACCACUUAUGCCGUUGCCCAGCCUCAGGCCCCUAACUUGCUCCAACCCCCUCAAGAAUUAAUACGAAAGCGCCGAAAACUUGCUUCCCGUGCUCUUCCAGAUGCUGUCGUCCGAGAGUCAGAGAAAGUGGAUCACGGACGCGGACUUCGUAAGCGGAUCGAACUGCAGGAUGGACUACAAAAAAUGAUCAAGACUCGAAAGACUCUUCGCGUCUUUAUUUCGCAUACUUGUGCAAACCAGGCCUGGCAAGCGUCGGAAAACACAGCACCUCCAAAUUUCGAGACAGGCGAAGGUGUGCCUAGCUGGACGCUUCGUAUACAAGGGCGCCUCCUCGAGCCAGAAGGAGCGAACAGCGAAGGUGCUGGCGCUUCGACUUCCGCACCAAAAUUCUCGACAUUUCUCAAAGCUAUGAGGGUUGAGAUUGAGCGUGAUCAGUCACUGUAUUCUGAGCCGAAUCACACCGAGUGGCACAACGCACCACAAGAACAACCUGUCAAUGGUUUCAAUAUUACACGCCGUGGUGACCAACCUCUCACGCGAAUUCGUAUUAUGCUUCAUCUCGCGCCCAGCGAUCCCUCCCUCGUCCGCUUCAAGCUUUCUCCUCAGCUCGCUCAUCUCUUGGACAUGACCUCCGCUACCCGACCGGAUGCCAUUUCUGCCAUGUGGAACUAUGUCCGUUCUCGUGGAUUAUUUGACAAGGUAGACCGACGGAAAGUUAGGUCGGACGAAGGGUUGCGAACGAUUGCGAACGCCGACAUGUUCGAUUUCCACCAUAUCCCGGAUAUUGUCACGCGCCACCUUGUGCAGCAAGAGCCGAUCAUUCUAAAUUAUGAGCUCAAGCUCGAAGCCAACAACCCCAAACCGUCGCCUAAAGCCUACGAUAUUGUCAUCGAUGUCGACGAUGUAGUACUCAAAACCAAGCUUCAAGAAGCCUAUACCGCAAUCGCACAGGGUGACCAGCCCGAAAUACAGAAUCUCGAAGAAAAAACAAACCAAAUCAUUAGCCAAAUCAACGCCUUGUCCCUCAAGCGCGAAUUUUGUAAAUCGUACGCUGCUAACCCUCAGCAAUUCAUCCAUCGUUGGAUUGCGAGUCAAUCUCGGGAUCUAGAUGUUAUCCUCGGCCAAGGUGGAAUGGCAGGGACCGGAAACGCCAAACCAGGAAUCAACCUGGAGAUGAGGAUCUACGGAGGAGCGAGUUCUUCCGACUUCCAUGGGUGCGCGAGGCGAUUGGGGUUUAUGAAGGCAGUCGGAGUCUACGAGUUCCGGAUGGUGCCACUCGAUAGACGUACCCAGUGUGAGCGGAGAAUCCAUGUGUCUCUGGAUCUUGGAAAUCUCGCCGCGACUAUCGCCCUUGCCUCUGAGGCAUUGGCUGCUGCUGCAGAAGCAUUGGCGGAAGCAGCAAGGGCGAUAUCUACAGUGGGUGAUACAUUUAAAAAUGACGAAGACGCCAAUUCAACUAGCAAUGUUACUCUUCCGAUUAACAUACCUGAUAAACCUGGAAAUUCAAGCUUGGAAAGGGAUCAAGCAAUCAUCACAGAAUCAAAUCACUCCCAAUCAGACCAUAAUAAUCAAAGCAAUUCAUUGGCCAGCAGAACCACCAACCCCAGUCAUUUAUCUAUGGGAGUACCGACUUAUCAUUCUAACACUCAGCAGCCCGAAAAAGCUGCUGGUCCAUCGAGGUUGACCCCGGCGCCGGAGCGUGAGCUGAAUAAUAAAUCGAUUACGCUGCCGCCUUCGCCGUUGCAUCAACCCGAAGUAGUCAUUCUACCCAAUACGACGCUCACUCGGGCUGCCGAAAAGAGCUGGGCAAGUGACCGGAAUCGCCAAGUCGACUUCUCAGGAUAUUUUAUUGACCCCAUCCAACAAUUGCUUGUUGAAUUGGGGGUGGAUGCAAGAGUCGCAGCCAGACUGUAUUUUGCAUUGGACUCAGCCCGCAGCGUUUACUUUUUUACCACUCGGAAUGUGGUAAAUAGUCUACCUAGAACAAUUCUAGCUUGUGUGUUGGUAGUUGGCGAGAACUCUUUUGAUGCAAAUGCUCAUGGAGUUGUGCCGUAUCCGAAGGCCACAAAUCGCAUCGCAAUCGCUUCCAGUGGCUCCAGUAGCCCCAGCGACCCCAGUGGUACCCCAUCCUCAACCACAGCCCUCACCCGCACCCAGAUUGAAUGUACCGACCCCCAGCUCUCAAACACCCCAAUUCAUUUCAAUAACCCAAGAACAAACCCGGUUACACUUCCAGCUGGAAAUUAUUACAUUGUUCUAGAGGAAGCAACCCAUCUCAACGUUAUUCCAUUGAUUGCGUGCAUUGCCUCGAAUACCAAGAAGGUAAUUUGUCAUAUCCCUGAAGGCGAGGAUGUGAACCGUUACCAUACUCUUCUCAAAUAUAUCGCCAAUCUCAACGUGAUUGUAGGAAAGGGCAAAAAGACCAAAGGGCCGACGCAGGAGCUAAAAUCGAAAACGAACGGUAUCUUAAUCAAAAAUAUUGUACCUGAAUGGAAUUCAUUCUGGUCCAAGUCACUUGUGGACGCCAUUAUCUAUUUCGGAGUUCCUUUAGACCUGACUUAUUACUUGAACGAAUGCAAUCUCAAAGUCGAUUAUUCGUACUUGAUCCUUACCCGAACACAGUAUUAUAGCAUCCAGUCCAAACUAUCUUCUCAUCGACGGCUGCAGCAGCACCCACUCAUCCGAGGCUCUGAGAGUUUUAAACCAGGAGACGAUCUGGCUGCGACGAUUGCUUUAGCUUCAGAUGCAUUGGCCGCCGCCGCGGAAGCUUUAGCUGAGGCAUCAAGAGCAAUGUCUGAUGUCAGUAGCAAGUUUAACAGGAGGGAAAUGCCCGAAUCUUCAAGUACAAUUCCACAAUUGGUGGAGAUAGGAGAGCAGUCAGGUUUGGUAGAUAACUCAACCAACAACAAGAAUCAACAUGCCGAGCCAGAACUCCAUGCAGACUCACAAAUCGGACUGGGUACCCUUGAAACUACAUCUCGACCUUCCUCAGUCUUAUCAAUAUCAUCGGAAUCCGAUAGCGAAGUGGAGGUCACAUCUGAUUCUUUUCUAUCACACGGGCAAGUUUCAGGACCUUCUUGCUUUCAAGCUGAAACGACCAAUAACUUGCAUGGCUCGUGUACUGAGACUGGUAGCCAACUCUACGAUCAGCUCCCAUCACCUGCACCUCCCAAUCCGAAUUCACGAAUACUCCCCACCCGCUACUCUAGCGACAAACGAGAUCAAGGCCUCCCGCUUUAUUUUUCCAGGCUUUUAGAGGUCAUGGGCUCCUAUCCUAAGAUUCCACCAGGUCGAAAUUACAUCUACUUUGACCAGGAUUCGGAAGGACUCGCGUUUGUUGCCUAUAUGGCGCUUCAUGCCAAUAGAAUGAUUUGUAUAAUUCCAGACGACAUGGUGGACGGCUUUUCUAGAUUGCUUGAAUCACUUACGCACGCAAAUGUCCAUCGUGCUGAUACGCCAGAUCAAUUUACUCGCAUUUCGACCGAAAUUGGCCCCUUCGAUAUGAGUUAUUGCGACAUCUUCUGUACCUCAAGUAGCAAGUUUAUCCUCAAUGCUGCCUCAUGCUUGCUUUUAUCUCCAGAUUGUACUAUUCACUGGGGAUUGCCAUCCAGUUCUUACUACUAUAUUGCCCUUGCUACACUUCCUCCAACCGCUCGAAAUUGUGUCAUGGAAAUCGGGGAGUAUCAUUUUGACGAGAGUACACAUAUGAUACAGCCAUAUCCUCAAGCCGUAAUAGAUACUUGCUUUCAACCGAAUUCUCCUUUCGAGGCGUUGCUCAGAGUCUCUUCUCGGCUCGUUUCUGGGUUCGGCCCUCCCAAUUACAUGGAAACGGACCCAUUUCCAGCCGGCACGUAUCUGUACCCAGGUCCUUUGGGCCUAAAUGACACUUCGACAUUGGUUCCUUUACAAAGCCAUUGGGACGUUAGCGAAUCCUUCCCUCCCGGGCAUUUUUACAUCGUGCUUGACAACUGGGACGACAUAGAGAUCAUUCCUAUUAUCGGAUACAUCAGCUCAAUGGUCAAUAAAGUGAUUUGCUGUAUACCUUCAAGGCAGAAUGUUGAGAACUACUCGAGAUUGGUAUGA